UUCCCGAGGACAGGAAACCUCCGACAACGGCUGCCACCGCCGCCGAGAGCCCCGCGUGCCUGCCGCACCCUCCUCUUCUCCUUCCCGCAUCUUGCCGCGGGCCCCGCGAGGACUGCUCUGCUGUCGGCCCUGACCGGAGGAAAGCCGUGACCCCCCCGCGGGAGCGGCGGGGCCGGGGGGGCCCGGGAGAAGAUGGCGACGCCGGGUAGCGAGCCCCAGCCGUUUGCCCCUGCCCUUUCGGGGGCCACUCUGCACCCGCAUCAUCAUCCCCACCACCACCACCACGGAGGCGCGGGAGGCGGCGGCGGGGCCGGGGGAGGCGGCGGCGGCAGUGGGGGCUUCAACCUGCCCUUGAAUCGGGGUCUGGAGCGCGCUCUCGAGGAGGCGGCCAACUCCGGGGGUCUGAACCUCAGCGCCAGGAAACUGAAGGAAUUCCCCAGGAGCGGGGCCCCGGGGCACGACCUCUCGGACACGGUGCAGGCAGAUUUAUCUAAAAACAGACUGGUUGAAGUUCCAAUGGAAUUGUGCCAUUUUGUAUCACUGGAAAUUCUUAAUCUGUAUCAUAAUUGUAUCAGAGUCAUUCCUGAGGCCAUCAUUAACCUGCAGAUGCUGACUUACUUAAACUUGAGUCGAAAUCAGCUGUCUGCCCUACCAGCCUGCCUGUGUGGUCUGCCUCUCAAAGUCUUAAUUGCAAGUAACAACAAACUUGGAUCGCUGCCAGAAGAGAUAGGUCAGCUCAAACAGUUAAUGGAGUUGGAUGUCAGUUGCAACGAGAUCACAGCCUUGCCCCAGCAGAUUGGACAAUUGAAAUCUCUUCGAGAAUUGAAUGUCAGAAGAAAUUACCUUAAAGUUUUACCACAAGAACUAGUAGAUCUUCCCUUGGUAAAGUUUGACUUUUCCUGCAAUAAAGUGCUCGUGAUUCCCAUUUGUUUUAGAGAGAUGAAGCAAUUGCAAGUAUUAUUGCUUGAGAAUAACCCUUUGCAGUCUCCUCCAGCACAGAUUUGCACAAAGGGCAAAGUGCAUAUAUUCAAGUACCUAAGUAUACAAGCAUGCCAGAUGAAGACAGCUGACUCUCUUUACCUACACACAAUGGAGAGGCCACAUUCACGCCAGCAUGUGGAAGACAGCAAGAAGGAUUCUGAUUCAGGAGUUGGAAGUGACAAUGGAGAUAAACGAUUAUCUGCCACAGAACCUUCUGAUGAAGAUGCUGUUAGCCUCAAUGUGCCAAUGUCAAACAUCAUGGAAGAGGAACAGAUUGUUAAGGACAACCCAUGUCAUCAUCUUGGCCCAAUUAAAGGGGAAUUUCAUCAGGAAUUUCAACCAGAGCCUUCCCUUGUGGGUAACAAUGACAACUCAAGAGAAGAAAGAAAUCAAUUUACCCAUGAAACAGAUGGUCUUUGUUCAGAAUUUAUAAACUAUAUUAAGGAUAGGACCGAGGACUGUGAAGAACUCUUACGGAUAGAAGAGGACACGCACUGGCAAACCGAGGGGAUAAUAAGAUCAUCUAAAGGCCAGAAAAUAGAUAUAGCAAUGAUUGAGCAGCUAAGAGAAGCAGUGGAUUUAUUGCAAGACACGAACAGAUUAAGCACAGAUAUUACGGAAAGAAGUGUUGUGAACUUUUAUCCUAUGGAAUCAGAAGAAACCUUAGAAUUGCAAGAUUCUGCAUUGAAUGGUCAGAUACAGCUGGAGACAUCUCCAGUAUGUGAGGUGCAAAAUGACCUAAUCAUACAGAGUAAUGGGAGCCAAUAUUCUCCAAAUGAGAUAAGAGAGCAUUCUCCUGCAGUCUCUCCUACUACAAAUAGCACUGCUCCAUUUGGCCUGAAGCCUCGAUCAGACCCAGCCCUCACUCUUCCUCCUAUCUCCUUCAACAAACUUACACAGGCACAAACAUGGGACAACUCUAGCUACAGUGUUCCAUCUGAAGGAGACAGUGACAAUGUGUUUCUAAGACCUCAGAGAAAUUUGGAAUCUAUAGAUCCUCAGUUUACAAUUCGGAGAAAAAUGGAACAGCUGAGAGAAGAAAAAGAAUUGGUGGAACAACUCCGUGAGAGCAUCGAGAUGAGGCUCAAGGUGACCCUGCACGAGGACCUGGGGGCUGCACUCAUGGACGGCGUGGUCCUCUGCCACCUGGUGAACCACAUCCGCCCGCGCUCUGUGGCGAGCAUCCAUGUCCCCUCCCCAGCAGUGCCCAAACUUAGCAUGGCAAAAUGCAGAAGAAAUGUGGAAAACUUUUUGGAAGCAUGCCGAAAAUUAGGAGUGCCAGAGGCUGACCUCUGCUCUCCGUAUGACAUCCUGCACUUGGAUUUUCGUCACAUUCGAAAGACUGUUGACACUCUGCUGGCACUCAGGGAGAAACCCCCACAAUCAACUUCUGCCCUCCGCUCCAGGGACCUUAUAAGCUUCUUUCUUGUCCAUAUUCUCUUUAUAGUGCUGAUCUAUAUAACUUACUGCUGGAAUGCUCUGUCCACCUAAGUGCAUGUGCAUCUACUGCUCCAUCACCCUGGCUAUCACAGGCUCUUCCUCCAUUUGAGUGUUUGCCUUGCAAACUUCCAUCCCUGUCAUCUCUCCAGUAACUUCUCAAGCUCUGAAGCUGAACACUUACAAGUCAGAUUUUCCAGAAGCACAAACUUUAUAGGAUACAGUUCCCAUAAAAUAAUUUCUGUCACAGAAAAGAGAGGGGGAAGGUAUCCAUCCUCAUGCUUCCUCAUCCUCAUAGUGCCAGCAGCAGUGCUAUGCAGGUCUCUUCUCUCUCGCCCAGUGAGCUUGUAUCUGCCCUGGGUACAGUGGGAGAAGGUUCCAGAACAGGAGCAGAGGGGAUUUAGCAUAUGAAAAUCUUUCCUUUGGGCCAAUAUUAAGUCAAAUUCUAAUCCAGGAGUGGGUAGUGGAGCUGUGCAGGGGCCACCUUGCAGAAGACACAGAAAGCCAAUAUUUGGGGUUUACUUGGUCUCUAAAAGACCUCAAUAAUACCUCUGUUGACAGAAUUGAAAAAUACUAUCUGGAGAAUGUUUUGCUGACCAUUCGAUCAGAGUCCACCCUGUGCCCUUCAGUAGGGCACCAGGGAGGCUGCCACCUACUUCCACCCUGAGGGAGCCCCUCUGCCCUGCUGCAUGUGGCAAAGCUGUGCAGAAGGGGUGCUGGAGAAGGGUCUACUGCUGUUAGAGCGCCGCCUGGUGGAUUCGCUUGCACAGCUGUUUUUCUGUCCUACUUUUUGUUAGGUCUACUCUGAGACUAAGGAAAACCAAGAAAGGAUUUCUAUAUUUAAGUAAUGUAGUGGGUUGUUUUGAUUUUUCGCUACAUCACAUCAUAACUACAAGACCAAAAUAUGAUGAAUUUGACUGUUUAUUCAUUUUCAAAUAAAGUCAUGAGGCAUGGAACAGUCUUGUUCCUGGAGCGUGGAUUUCUAUGUCAGAAGGCAGUAAUG